AUGUCUCUCGUACAAUCCGCAACGACGCUUCCCAUAGUCUUGCCUGCGGACGCACCAAACGUGAGGAGCAAGUCAACACCGGAGUGGACGAUUCCCUCUUCAACUUGGGAAGCUCUGUGCCAUCCACGAGUUGAUGAAGUCUCCGAGGAAGUCGAUGGUUACUUUCUAAAGCACUGGCCCUUCCCCAAUGCAAAAGCAGAGAAGACUUUUAUCGGUGCUGGCUUCUCGAGAGUCACUUGCUUGUACUUUCCACUUGCCAAAGAUGACCGCAUUCAUUUUGCAUGCCGCUUGUUGACCGUCCUGUUCUUGAUUGAUGAUGUGCUCGAGGACAUGUCAUUCGAAGAAGGAGAAGCAUACAAUGCCAGACUUAUGCCAAUUGCCAGGGGUCAUGUUUCACCAGACCGAUCUGAGCCCGUCGAGUAUAUCUUCUACGAUCUCUGGAAGAGUAUGCGCGAUCAUGAUGAGGAGCUUGCCAAUGAAGUCCUCGAGCCUGUUUUCACAUUCAUGAGGGCACAAACAGAUCGUACGCGACUUCAGAUAACCGAACUCGGUAGAUAUUUGGAAUAUCGCGAGAGAGACGUCGGAAAAGCGCUGUUAUCAGCAUUGAUGCGUUUCUCCAUGGACUUGCAUCUGACAGGGGAAGAGCUCUCCACCAUGUCAUCAGUAGAGCAAAAUUGCUCGAAGCAGAUCUCAGUCGUCAACGAUAUUUACAGCUGGGAGAAAGAAUUACUCGCGUCUCAGCAUGGACAUAAGGAGGGCUCUGCUCUUUGUUCUGCUGUUCAGGUUCUGGCUGGCUCAGCUGGUAUCAACAUUGAAGCCGCAAAACGAGUUCUUUGGGCCAUGACUCGAGAGUGGGAGCGUGAGCAUGACGCUAUGUACAAUAAAGCAAUCGCUGAGGGUUGCAGCGCAAGUGUCAAUGCUUACAUUAAAGGCUUGGAGUAUCAGAUGAGCGGUAAUGAACUCUGGAGUCGUACGACUUUGAGAUACAAGAUGAAAUAG